AGAUGAUUGAUAGAUGACCGAAAUGUUAAAAUAGACGCUUCUAUUUUAACAAAUGAAUCAGCAAUUUGGCCGCAUUCAUUGUUUCAGUUCAUCAAUUCAACAUUGUUAUUGUGGCUACAGACUUUAAAAAGCUUAUUAUUAUUAUAACAACGAAUUUUUUUAAUCUUUGAAAAGAAAAAUGGAAAAAGAAUCAAGUGUUUUGGUCGAAUCGACCAGUAAUGCAGUGGUCAAAACACGCACUAAAAUUGGUUCGAUGAUGGAAUUGCCUUACAACAAAGUUGUCGUCCAUCCACUCGUCUUGCUAUCGGUAGUUGAUCAUUUCAAUCGGAUGGGAAAAAUUGGCAAUCUCAAACGUGUUGUCGGGUUACUUCUUGGUUCGAUCAAAGGCAAAGGAAUUCUGGAUAUUUCAAACAGCUUUGCAGUACCAUUUGAUGAGGAUGAACGUGAUAGAUCGGUUUGGUUUUUGGACCACGAUUAUUUGGAAAACAUGUAUGCCAUGUUCAAAAAAGUCAAUGCCAAAGAACAAAUUGUUGGAUGGUAUCAUACCGGGCCAAAAUUGCAACAAAAUGAUAUAGCUAUCAAUGAAUUGAUUCGAAAAUAUUGUCCUAAUUCGGUUUUGGUCAUUAUUGAUGCCAAACCAAAAGAUCUUGGCUUGCCAACUGAAGCUUAUUUUGCUGUUGAAGAAGUACAUGAUGAUGGCACUCCAACAACAAAAACAUUUGAACAUUUACUUAGCGAGAUUGGCGCCGAGGAAGCUGAAGAAGUAGGUGUCGAACAUUUGUUGCGAGAUAUAAAAGAUACUACCCUUGGAUCGUUAUCUCAAUUGGUAACCAAUCAACUGGUUGGCCUCAAAGGUCUCAAUGUUCAAAUCCAAAUGAUAAAAAAUUAUCUAGACUCGGUUUUAAACGAUAAACUUCCUAUAAAUCAUACGAUCAUAUACUUGUUACAAGAUAUUUUCAAUUUACUACCCGAUGUGAAUAAUCCGAAUUUUGUCAAAUCUUCAUACAUCAAAACAAACGAUCAAAUGUUGGUCGUCUAUCUGGCAUCAUUGGUUCGAUCAGUCAUAGCAUUACAUAAUUUGAUAAACAACAAAAUUUCAAAUCGAGAUGCUGAAAAGAAAGAAUCCACUCAAACUAAAGAUACGAAAAAGGAUAGCGAAAAAGAUGCUGAAAGCAAAAAAGACGGUAAAAGCAGCGAUGAAAAUAAAAACAAAAAAGGAAAAUGAAUAAAAAUGUAAUUUUAAAUAUUUUUCUCAUUGGAAUGAUUUAUUAAACUAAAUUUUUAUAUGAAAA